AUGCAGUUCUUUGACAUCGAGGAUAUGUCUAUCAAGACAGGGAUUAAAUAGAAUGGAUGACUAGAAAUGGCUGGCAUACCUUAUAAUUCAAAAACAUAAAGGCCUACCAUGGAACAUAGCCCUUCAAAAUCAGAAAAGUUAUCCUUAUUCCCCCAUUGACCACCACAUUUAUUCCCUAUGACAGACCAUUCCUUGGAACCUCCAAUGGAGGUAAUUUCACCACAAGAUGCACAUAUUGCUAGUGAGAGACAUUCGGACGCGGGAGAUGUGGUGAGAGACGUCAUCAUUGGCUUUGCCGAUGGAUUAACGGUACCCUUCGCUUUAACCGCGGGCUUAUCAAGUCUCGGCUCCUCUAAACUUGUCAUUGUUGGUGGGCUUGCUGAGCUUUUCAGUGGUGCAAUCUCCAUGGGCCUUGGUGCCUACCUAGCAUGCGUUACCGAUAGAGACCAUUACAACAAUGAAAUCAAGCGAGAGAGGGGCGAGGUCUCCGAGAAGCCAGAGGAGGAAAAAGAGGAGAUAUUCGAUAUCUUUGCCAGCUAUGGCAUAAGCAGAGCCGCCAGCCAGGGCGUUGUGGAUUGCCUAGUUUUAAAUGAAGAUAACUGGAUCAGAUUCAUGAUGGAUUUUGAGCUGAGGCUUGAAAAGCCAAAUGUCUCCAGAGCAUGGAUCUCGGCAGCAACUAUGGGGUUUUCCUACUUCAUGGGCGGCCUGCUACCGAUGAUUCCCUAUUUUGCGAUGCACAACGUUACCCACGCAUUAUUUGUUUCCAUAGGCGUCACAUUUGUGAUUCUUAUUGCCUUUGGCUUCAUCAAAAACUAUAUCAUAAUUAAAACAAAGCGGUCUGGUUUCUAUGGGGCAAUGCAGACGUUGUUUGUUGGUACCUUGGCUGCAGCGACAAGCUAUGGCAUUGUCUACGGUAUUGAUCAUAGCAACAUUGGCUGAUCAGUAUGAGUUCUGUUGGAAAAACGGUUCCUGUUGUUCCCUUGGUAUAUAUGUUGAUACAUUAUUUUAUUAAACACUCCCGUUGACGUCUUUGUAAAGGCUAUGCUAUGUGGUCGAUCUUAAUUGUAUGAAGUUUGAUAAUAAAAUAAUACACCAACUCUAUUCUCGAUAUUGCCCUAAGGGUUUAUUGAAAAUAGGUUAUGAGGGCACAUAUAAUAUAUAUUGACGCCUGCAUUAUCAUGCUUGCCUGUAUAUUUAUCUAUAUAGAAGAAGGAGCAGAAAGACUUUAUAUUGUAGAG